AACAUUCUCCUGCAGCAGCUUGGGGUAUCUCCUUUCUCUGAAGGGCCAUGGCCUCUCUACAUCCACCCCCAGAGCUUGUCCGUGUUGUCCCGUUUCCUCCUCAUCUGGCAGCAUAAAGCCAGCACCCAGACGGACCCGGAUGUCCCAGAAUGCCUGAAUGUGUGGGAGAGGUUUGUGGCCACUUUGAAGCAAAACGCCCUGCAGGGGAUUCUUCCCGGCGACACAGAGGACCUCAAUGUGGAGCACCUCCAGCUCCUGCUGCUCAUCUUCCACAGCUUCUCUGAAAAGGGCCGACGGUCCAUCCUGACCCUCUGCGUCCAGACCAUCCUGGACGUUACAGCCAACCUGGACUCCCAACUCCGAUGCGUCCCUCUCCUGCUGGCCCGCCUUCUCUUGGUCUUCGACUACCUGCUUCACCAAUACUCAAAGACCCCCGUGUAUUUAUUUGAGCAGGUCCAGUACAACCUCUUAACCCCUCCAAUCGUUUGGGCCAGCGCGAGCCAGGAGGGCAGCCGACCGGCCUGUUCCCCACUUUAUCAUGGCUUUAAGGAAGUGGAAGAAAACUGGGCCAAGCACUGUCCCUCUGAUGCUGCCCCCCAGCCGCGCUUUUACUGCAUUCUCUCCCCCGAAGCAUCUGAAGACGACUUGAACCGCCUCGAUAGCACGGUGUGUGAAGUUUUGUUCUCCAAGGCCAUGAAAUAUGACGAGCUCUACUCCGCCCUGGCCUCGCUGCUGGCUGCCGGCUCCCAGUUUGACACCCUCCGGCGGAAGGAGAACAAAAACGUCACUGCCUUGGAGGCCUGCGCGCUUCAGUACUACUUCCUGAUUCUCUGGCGGGUCCUGGGCCUCCUUCCCCCAUCCAAGAGCUACAUGAACCAACUGGCCAUGAACAGCCCAGAGAUGCGGGAAUGCGACAUCCUCCACACCCUCCGCUGGUCUUCCCGCCUCCACAUCCCCUCCUACGUCAACUGGAUCAAGGACCACCUCAUCAAACAAGGGAUGAAAACCGAGCACGCAGCUUCCCUAGUCGAGCUGACUUCAGCCAAAUGCAGCUCCGUCAAGUACGACGUGGAGAUUGCGGAGGAGUAUUUCGCCAGGCAG